AUGGUCUCAUUAUUCAGAGGAAAGUCCCUGCGCAUCGCGCAGGCGCUGCUGAUUGUUGCACCGGCCUUCAUUGUCUUCGGUUACAACCAGUCUGGCCUGGGUCCCCUGGCUACACUGCAGAGCUGGGUGAAGGUGUUCCCUGAAAUCGACACAAUCAACACAGAGGGCGGCCAACGUGCACACAACUCUACAGGCAAGGGUACCGUCAUCGGCGACCGGUUCGGUCGCCGCAAGACCAUUUUCCUGGGUGCUAUUCUUACUUUAAUCGGCCAGUUGCUGCAGACUGCGGCUUACGGCUUGCCACAAUUCAUCGUCGGCCGUGUCAUCCUUGGUCUCGGUGUCGGUCAGUUCAGUGUUGCCGUUCCCGUCUGGCAGUCCGAGUGCACGUCAGCCAAACAUCGUGGCCAACACGUUGUCGUUGACGGUAUCUGUAUCUGCCUGGGUUAUGUGCUCUGUAACUGGAUUGACUUCGGCCUGAGCAAGGUCGACGGAGCAUUGCAAUGGCGUAUUCCGCUGGCCAUCUCCUUCUUCUUCUCCCUUGUUGUCUUGUUCUCAGUCUUCUUGCUCCCCGAGUCUCCCCGAUGGCUCGUCCGAGCCGGCCGUAUUGAAGACGCCAACAACAGUCUUGCCGCUUACAAGGGUCUCCCCGACGAUGACGAGACUGUUCGCAUUGAGAUCGCGGGCAUCGAGACUUCACUCGAGACUUCGGUUGGCAGCGCCUCGCUCAUGGACAUCUUCAGCUUCAGCAAGCCCGACGAUGAGCGCCUUCUGUACCGAUUCUGUCUGUGUGUCGCCCUGCAAUUUUUCCAGCAGAUGUGCGGUGGUAACCUGAUCUCGACAUACGUAUCCACAAUCUUCGAAGAGAAUCUCAACAUGGACAGCGAUCUGGCUCGCAUUCUGUCUUCCUGCGCCAUGACCUGGAAGUUCAUUUGCAGCUUCAUCUCCUUCUUCGCCAUUGACCGACUCGGCCGCCGAAAGAUUUUCAUGAUCAGCGGUACUGGUAUGUCCGUCUGCAUGAUCGUUCUCGCCAUCACCAACAGCUUCAAAGACAAUGAAAAGGCCUCCAUUGUCUCGGCCGUUUUCAUCUUCCUCUUCAACUCCUUCUACCCCAUCGGUUUCCUCGGUGGCAACUUCCUCUACUGUACCGAAGUUGCUCCCAUGCGUCUCCGUGUCGCCAUGUCUGCCGUCUCGACUGCCAACCACUGGCUGUGGAACUUCGUGGUUGUCAUGAUCACUCCCGUCGCGCUCGACACCAUCGGCUACAAGUACUACAUCGUGUAUGCUGUCAUUUCUGGCUGCAUUCCCAUCUCGGUUUACUUCUUCUACCCCGAGACCAUGAAUCGCAAUCUGGAGGCUCUCAACCAUGUCUUCCGGGAUGCCCCGACUGCGUGGGACAUUGUCUCCAUGGCUCGUCACUUGCCCCAGGGUGAGGCUGCCGAGGUGGACUUGUACAUGCGCACCGAAGAAAAGGGCGCGAUCGAGCAGAAGGAACGUGCUUGA